AUGAUGUUGGCGGUGAAGCUGGCGAGUUCGGCGAAAUAUCAUUAUCCGAAGAGGAGGCAGACAUUUGUGAGCUUAUCGAAGUUGGCGAGGACGAAGUUGUUGAGGACGAGGCAAUGGGAUGUGGUGAAUCUGAACAUUAUUCUCUCCCGGAUCAGUUGGCGUGUCCGCUGCAUCUUCAGCAUCAAGAGGCCAAGUAUUAGUCAAGAAGUCUAG